AUGUCUUCAAGCCCGCACAACUUAAACCGAAAGAGGCCCGCAGAUUCCGAAAUCGAAGGCACUGAACCAGACGAAUCUCCAGAUGAUCACGAUAGAACGGAAGAUCUUAAAAUAAAAACCGUGGAUGAAAUUUUACAAGAAAAACGUAGACGGAUAGAAAAGGAAGAUGAAGGCGAAGGGGGAGCAUCACAAGGAAAUUCGAGAACUGCUAGUCCAUCGGCUUCAGGUGGAAGGCGAGAAUCGAGAACGUCUUCGAAACAUGGUUCUCCAACUCAGGAAGGAGGAAGUGAAAUUAUUUAUCAGAUGAGUCCUGAACCGCAAAGCUUGUCUCCAAGUAAGUAAUUAGAAAUGUGUGGAAAAUGUGAUAAGUAGAACAUGAUUGUGCAGGUGGGUGUCCCGAGUGGGUGUAGUCCGCAGUAGGACUGUUGUAGACAGUGACUUAUGUUUCGACAAAUCUGUGCAGUAGUCAUCGUCAGACUGAGGCCCUUUUCAAACGUUGCACUACUGCCGUGUUGUACUCAAAUUAAUUUGACCUGGCAGUUGCACGGCAAUAGCACGGGAGUGGUUUCAAACGUCAAAUGUAAUUCAGUCACUCCAAACUCAAAAGAAGAAAAACAUCGCAGUCAGGCGCAGGAGAAUCAAAACACUUAAACAUAUACAUUUUCAUAAUUUAUGAAGUGAGUUUGACAUGGCAAUAGCGCGACAUUUGAAACCGAGCCGUGCCAUUGCUGUGUAGCUCGGCAGAUCCUGUCUAAUUUAAUUGCCGUGCCAAACUAAAAUUAAUUCAAGUUGCUGAACAGAGUGAGUUUAAUGAUUUUUUCAUUCACAGCAUCAUCUACAAAUGGUACUCCAAUAAAGGCCAAAGGGCAGAUGUCUCAAGAUGAUGAACCAGCAGGACUUCGCAUCAGACAAGGCCGGAAAACAACAGAGGAAGAAGAAGGAGAGAUUGUUAGUGAUCUUUCGGACUCUGAGAGUAAAAAAGUUGAAAAACGGAGAAGACAUUCUUCAUCAAAAAGCCAUGACACUGAAGAGGUUGGUGUCAUAAGAGAUUCUCUCAGUGAGCAGUCAGAUUCAGAGAACAAAAGGGCUGAGAAGAGAAGAAAGCAUUCUUCUUCAAGAACUGCUGAUACUGAUGACAGGCAAAGAGAAAAAGACAACAUCAGUGAUCCCUCAGAUCCUGAGGAUGUGAAACGUGAUCAGAAGAUAAAGUAUUCCUCUCCAAAACACCCUGAUUCUGAUUUAAAAGCUUCCAGACCAUCAGAACAAGCAAGGAAGGAUAAAGGUAAUUAUAUAAAAAUUAUGCAAUCUUGCAACCAGGUAUAUUAUGUGAUUGUGUGAACUUGCAAUAAAAUAAAUGAUACAUGUAUGCCCUCAAAGUGGUUUUAUAAACUCAGAUGAAAUGGUCAGGUUUGAAUCCUGGUCAAACCUACUUUUUUUUGUUUUGUUUUUAAAAUGCUUAGGUUGGACAUGUGAAAGUCAUUUCCACAUUCAUCAUUUGCAGCAUCUUGCCUUGUUUUGCACCCACUACUCCCCUCCCCUCUUACCCAUAAUUUUACUUAAUAAUAAUUUUUCAAUUUCUCCUGGAUUUAACAGUCACUUCAAGAGGAAUUGAAGAUAAUGCUUAUGCAACUUGGGUAUCAACAAGGUGUAUAUUAGGCCAUUUGCACUAAGAGGUCAUGUGACAUUGUUUUUAUGAAAAUGAAAGUUAUAUGAUUUUGCUUUCGAAAAACAAUUAGUAGGUCAUAUCUUAAACAAAAUAGUAGUGAUUUGGUUUAUCAAACCCACACCAUUUUCUUAAAAUGAGUAAGCUCGUAGCUGGUCACGUGACCAAAAUGUGAUUUUUAAAAUUAUAAAUUGCAUCUAUCUGAACACAAAUUUUGCUCUUAAACUUCAAGGAAAAUGUUGAAAAGAUGAUGUGAUAAUGUUUACAGCACAUUUGAACAUAACUAUCAAACGUUUAACAAGAUAUAAACAAAAAAGAGUUUUGGCAGCCAUGUGGGAGGGCAAGAGUAUGCCCUUCAACAUGGCGGCCAAUACAAAUCAUACUUCUCUGCUGAAAAAUCAAAGUGACAUAGAAUAUUUCCCUUAAAUGCAUUUCCUCUCAAAUUUUGGGUGUAAGAUAAUUUUUAUAUGCUCUGUCAGCAAGAUUCCAACUCACUGUUUAAAGCAUUGAUCACGUGGCCUCUUAGUGCAAGUGGCCUAUUGGCAACAUGAGAAUGUUGAUUCAUAUGGAGUUAUCUUAACCCUUUAAGCCCCAAUAUCCACAUACAAAUUCUCCAAACUGAUCUCUAUACAUUUCCUUAAAGAAUGAGUUGAGAGAAUUUGAUAAAAGAUCGAAGUAUUUUCUCUUAGGUGAUCAUUUAAUUAAUUCUCAUAACCUCAUCUGAUGAUAAUGUAUGGAUGUCGUUAGGAGAAAAUUGCUGUUGGUCACUAUUGGGACUUAAAGGGUUAAUAUUGUGGUUUUGUUCACUGGUUUGUAGGUUCCAUGGUGACAACAAAGUCAAAUGAAGAGUCAAGUGAAGAAGACAGUAGUAGUGAGGAAGAGAGUGAUGAGGACACAGAAACAGCGGCUGCCACCAAGAGGGUACAAAAAGAAACAAAGGAAGUAGCCGAUGAGAAGAAAGUGAGCAGUGAAUCAGAGUCUGAAAGUGAUGAUAGCAGUAGUGAUGAUGAUGAUGAUGAUGAUGAUGACGAUGACAAUGAUGAUGGAGAGGUGGAAGAAAAGAAGGAGAGCAGCAGCAGGAUCAAAGAGCAGAAGGCAGCAAGCGUUAAGUCAAGUGAAAGCAAGGAUGUUGGGCAAAAGGUUACUGCAAAGACCAAUAAGGAAAGUUCAAGUGAGGAGGAAGAAAGCAGUGAAGAAGAAAGUGAUGAGGAAGGUGAUAGUGAAACAUCAGAAGAAAGUGAAGAAGAGGAAAAGGAAACGAGAUCUGCACCAAAGACUGAGAAAGCGGCUGAAAAAGACAAAGAGGGUGAGAUUGAAAUAGAGGAUCUCCAUUCAGAGUUGCAGCAGCUUAAGCGACAAAGACCAACUGAUGACAAAUACAAGCAGAAAACUAAGACAGAGCGCCAUCAUCGCCGUGAUGAAAGUUCAUACAGGAGAAGGGAGCAGGAGUCACUACAUACAAGGGGUUAUACAGGGAGGAAAGUUUCUGAUAAGGAGAAGGACUUGAAGUAUGAAAGUCAUAGAGAAAGAAGUCAUCGGAAUGACGACAGUAAAAGUAGGUCCUAUGAGAAAAGCAGUUCUGAGGACAGAAGUCGUGAUAAACACAAGUCAAGUGGUAAUGCUAAGGAUGUAUCUAAAAUGAAAUUAGACAGAACAGGUUCAAGAGAGAAAUAUUCUGAAGUGGAUGUGGAUAAACGAAGGAAGAGUUCAAGAAAAGAUUCAGGCAAGACCAAAUCUCCCGAGGAAGCAUCUAGAACUGCAUCUAAAGGUAAAGAUCGGAAAGAACGCGGUGAAAGUAGGAAGAAAGCCACUUCAGAGAAAGUUGAUAAAGACAACAGAGGCAGUAAUGAUGUGUCCUCUAGCAAAUCAAAGAAAGAUGAAGGGCCAUCAGUGAUCCUGACUGAACGUGAGAGGCGGCAGUUCUCCAAUGAAAUUGUGGACAUUGACAGCGAGGGUAGCAGUGAUGAAGGUGAGGCUGUUGCACCCCAUUCAGAUGCAGAAAUGAAACAGGAUCAGCUUUCUGAUGGUGAGGAGGAGAAGAAAGAAGAGGCCAAACUUCCACCUUAUUAUCCUGCUGUUCGUGGCUGCAGAAAUGUUGAGGAGUUUCAGUGGCUGAACAGAAUUGAAGAGGGAACGUAUGGGGUGGUCUACAGAGCAAAGGAUAAAAGAACAGGUUGGGUUAUUAAUUUUCCUUCAUUCCUGUUGUAAUUGGGUGAUUUAUGAUUGUUGGUGGCGAGGUAUAUGUACAUGUAGUGGAUUGCAUUAACUAAUUGAACUCAUUGAGAAUAAGGAUGAAAGUGAAAUGAAAUGAAUUCCCGUUUUUUCAAUCUUUGCUGCGUUUAUUCCAGUUUGCUGAAAAUGGCAAGUGUAGGCGAAUUUCCCUGGAGUUGAUUUCUUGAGGACCGCUCUCAAGUUUAGAGAGAGAAAAAGAGAUUCGUAGUCGCUUGUUUACAUCCUCCAUAAAACUUACAAUUGGGCAUUUUCACGUCGUAGUCGUGCAAGGACGGUAAAGAAAUGUGCAAAAAGGCGUGUUGUUUUGAGUAAUAAACCUAUUGUUUUUUUGAUGUCCUAGUUGCUGUUGUGUUGCUAAAGCUCCCUAUUGUCUUGUCCUGAGGGGCUUCUUGUAUUGGUGCAACAAUGUACACUAUUCUCAAAUUUGUUUUAUUUCAAGGUGAUAUAGUUGCAUUGAAGAAACUAAAGAUGGAAAGAGAAAAGGAAGGAUUUCCUAUUACGUCUUUGCGUGAAAUCAAUACCCUUCUGAAAGCACAGCAUCCUAACAUUGUGACUGUUAGAGUAAGUGCCCUGUUAAUGCUAUUGUGAUUUGUCAUUUUUUCAGUUUCAAGUGUAAUUGUACUUCUGUUUUUUAGUCUAACAAUAACACUUUAUCCGGGAAUUGUUCCCCUAAGCAGCUGUCCUUUUUCUCAUCACAUGAUGUUCCUCCCCAAAGGAAUGGUUGAGGUCAAGCAAACUACAUUCCUUUGCCAUUGUUUCAUCAAUUUACUGAAGUGAACAAUCAUCUAUCAGCAAAUUGGGAGUGAUGCUUGUGACAAUUAAAAAAGAAAAAAAUUUCCGUGGCGUGACAAAUAACAGCUUCAUAGGAUACAACGAGACACCAAUAUUAAGAUGGCACAAUGUAAAAUGCAGGUUGUGAUUAGAUGGCAUUUAAAAGGAUAAUAAUAAUUGGUUGGAGACACUUCUGAAAAAAUGGAACUGUAAUAAUGGUUAAACUUGGAAAGCAGUCUUGUUCAAAUGUGACUAGCGGCAUCUUUGAGCAAGAAUUGUGCGACAAGACUUGGAACAGCCGUAUAGGAGGCUGCUUGUGUUUGCUGAUAAACAUAUUGUAGAAAUUGCAGGCAUUGUUGUAUGUUUGCAGUGUACAUUUUCUGUUUCAUUACUUUUGUGAGGUGUGGCACAAGUUUGCAAAGUUUAAUGUGGUGGCAAAUAUACUGCUUCCGUAAUUUGAAAUAAAAUGAUAUUCUCAUCAUGUCUUGCUUCUGCAGGAAAUAGUGGUGGGCAGCAAUAUGGACAAAAUAUACAUUGUUAUGGACUAUGUUGAGCAUGACCUGAAGGUUCUUAUGGAACACAUGACACAAGGCUUUAGAAUUGGUGAGUGAGCAUUCCUAGAACAACAAUACUGAAACGGUCACAAGUGUCCAUUUUCUUGGAAACCCUUUGAUUAUCUACGUAGCAUGUGGAAUAGUAUAUCUGUUAAAAGCCUGCCUUCUGGGUGGGUCGCAGUUAAUUGAGUACCAAAAUUUUUGACCGUCCAUAAAAGAACAGUUUAAUUCUCUAGCAAUAAUUGGUUGCAUAGUGUUACAGAGACAUCCAUGAACUUUCUCAGUGUUUUAAAAGAAUUAUUAAAUGUUAAAGAGCUUGACUACUGACAGGUUCCAAUGUUGAUCUCUCAGUUUACUCCUCUAGCAGUUAUUGUUUGCAUAGUGUUACAGACUGACAUCCAUGAACUUUCUCAGUGUUUUAAAAGAAUUAUUAAAUGUUAAAGAGCUUGACUACCGAUAGGUUCCCAUGUUCAUCUCUCAUUUUAAUUUUUAUUGUUAUCUAGGUGAAGUCAAGACAUUGAUGAUUCAACUUCUAAGAGCCGUUGUGCAUCUCCAUGACAACUGGAUUCUUCACCGGGAUCUCAAAGCCUCUAACUUACUCCUCAGCAACAAGGGAAUUCUUAAGGUUCGUUUGAUUAAUGAAAUAAUAAGUGUAUAAAAAAGAACUCUACUUUGGUCGCAAGUUGUCCAUAAUACCUAACUCCUGAAGGAGACAAGGCUGUGUCCGUAGAAACAUUGCUAAAGCUGUUAAGUGCACUUCCUUUAUAAGCAGUGCACUACUUUGUUUUAAUUAUUAUCAUUAUCAUUGUUAUUAUUAUUAUUUUCAGUAGAGUUCAAUAAGCUUGAAACUUGACUUAACAAAAACACUUAUUGUUCCUUUGGAAUUAAUUUGAUGACAGGUUGGUGAUUUUGGACUGGCAAGAGAGUAUGGCUCUCCUCUUAAGAGCUAUACACCUAUCGUUGUGACACUGUGGUACAGGGCACCUGAAUUACUGCUUGGCACCAAGGUACAUUGUACUGUAUAAUUUAGUCAUAGACAACAUUGCCUAUUUCUUUUGAAGAAGCCUCUAAAUUCUUCUUCAUAUUCCAGGUGCAGAUCCAGACAAUAAUAAAUUGUCCUCUUUUUAAUUAUUGAGGUAGAGAAGGCCAGCUUUUAUUAUUUAGCAAAAUCCAGGGUGUGUUCUGUUAUCAAUGCUGCAUUCUGAUUGGUUGAGCUACUACUACGCUAUAUGUUAUACCCCACUAGUAGCGAAAAGCGCCGGCUUUGAAAACCAAAACAAUGGCAGCUGAAUCACGUUUUGCUAGCUGAAGUUGUUUUGUCUCGAUAUUUUUGACCGACUAGUUGGAUUUUACUAAAACAAUAAAAAAUUAUUCCUCUCGCCCUCAUGGCCUCUGGGUCAAUAGCCCUAUUGACUCAGAGCCCAUUCAGGCUGGAGGAAUAAUAUGAUAAAUAAAUAUACUAUUAAUUUUAGGAAGAAUAUUUGUUGUUUACAGAACUCUGAGUGCAUGUCUGUCCAGAAAUAAAGGCUUUUGAAAAACUGAUCUUACUUAGAAGUUUUUACAUUUUUAACACAAUGUCAUAUAAAUGGAAGAGAGAUGUGGCCUUCUCAAUCUCCCUCCCCCCGCCCCCACCCCCCGACGAAAAAAAAAUUCCAUCCAUGCGUACUACAGUUCAAGUUGACACAAAAUGCUUUCUCUUUAGCUCCAACCUUAGAUCGUGAAUCACAAUAUUAUUCCAACAAGUUAUAUUUGCCACCAUUCUUCUUAGUUAAAAUAAAAUACAACUCCGGGUAGUCAAAAGUAAAAAGUUACACCCAAAUGGUAGAACUUAAUGGUAUUCUAGACAUGCAAGGAAAAUUCACUUACGGUAAUCUCUUAUGAUUUUAUGGGAAAACAUGCCUUUUUGACGGCCAGUAAACAAUGUCUGGCUAGAAGCCUGCUGGUAUUGGAACUCACUGAAUACAAGAUUCACCCAACAAUGUUACAAGUAUGUGGAGGACUUCAUGUAUGUGUACUCCCCACCCUGGUAAUCCAACAGAGGUUGCCCCAGUCCACUGAAGGCGUCAGUUUGGGUUGGACACCCUGUUCAUCUGCACAGCAAAUCAUAUAUCGCUGUCCUAUGAUUAUUCACUGUUUAGUGAUUACAAAAUUCUUUGUUGUUAUAGGAAUACUCAACUCCCAUUGAUCUGUGGUCUGUUGGUUGUAUAUUUGCGGAGUUGUUGACGAUGAAGCCACUUUUCCCGGGCAAGUCGGAGAUAGAUCAGAUCAACAGAAUAUUUAAAGUAAGACUUUGUAUUAGCAUUGCAUAGAUGAAAAUUUGUUUAUUAUUUAUUCAAAAUGUUUCUCCGCUUCUGAUUGGCUCAAAUCCCCCGGCUGAUUCUUCAUAACCAGCUGUGUUUCGGGUAAAUCGUCGCUAUUAGAGUCAAGCCACUUUGCAAUACAAAUUUCCUAGCGUCAACGCAUAAUAAAAAAGAAAAGGCAUCACUUAAUGUUGACGUGCGUCGCUCAAAAACGCCUUUUCUUAAGCUCCCUGUUAUCUUUUUUUUUUUUCAGGAACUUGGAACUCCCAGUGACAAAAUUUGGCCUGGACCUCCAUCUUACUCUGAACUUCCAGCUGUUAAAAAGGUUAAGAGAUUUCAUUGGUUUUCAUCCAGAGACUCAAACUUGUAUAGUUUGAGUCAGUGUUAACUCAGUCGUAGAGCGUUUGACUGCACAGCGAGGGGUUACGGGUUCGAUUCCCGGGGCCGGACCAACACUCAGGGUCUUAAAAUAACUGAGAAAUGAACACAGUUGUAAUGCCUUUGCACUGCAAGCAGCUAGACCUUCGCGUGGCUCGGUUCACCACGUAAGUGACGGUCCCGUCUUUAGUAGGACACGUUAGAAUGUUUUCGCCAAUUAGUACUUUCGUGCUUAAUACAUUGACACUCAAAUAAAGUGAUUUUUUCAGUGUCAGAGGAAAGAACCACUCAACGUCGUUUUAUUUGAAUUGGUCGCACUUGAGGAUUUUAUCCACGUGAUCAUACUCUCCCCAGUCCAUCUCUGACAUCCAGUACCAAGAUGGCGGUGGUACACAGGAAAUGCCGAACGUUUGCUCAACACGUUGUUCUUUGCGAUAAUUUGACAACUUUUGCUCUUUCAGAUGACGUUCACAGAGUAUCCUUACAACAACUUAAGAAACAGGUUUGGCACGUAUUUAACAGACAAGGGCUUCAGUUUGUUAAACAAGUAAGUUUCUCUGUGUUAAUUACUUUUAGAAGUUACAUAUAUAAUAUUUGUAACUUUGCAAAUGACAGUCAGCGGGCUGUGUCUCGCAAGUCCCGAUAAUCAGUAGACCUGGAAAGCUGUAGCUGUAGCCUGCGAACCGCAGACGUAUUUCCGGUCGUCACUUCUCUUCCUCCGAAAGCGGGUGAAAGUGGAGCGGAAAAAACCGGAUGCUCUCGCAGGUUAGGAAAGCUGUCAAAACAAACUGGUUUGUUAAGUAGGGCCUACGCUUGGAUUUGAGUAUAUAAUUUCGGGACCCGAAAAUUACCGGGACUUCCAAGAAACGGGUCCCUGGGACCAGGCUCCUUCAUGGGAAAAAAUGACAAAUGAUAGAAAGCAAGAGGCGAACCGAGCGGGAAAAGAGGCGAACCUGACCCCGGGCUUGUCAGACUGUGUGUAGAUGAAAUACAUGUAACUGCAGUGAGUUGGGUUUUCUGUUUUGUAUUUUUAGGUUUCUAACGUAUGACCCCAAGAAAAGGAUAACUGCUGAUAAAGCUCUUGAACAUGAAUAUUUCAGUGUAAGUGCUUUCUGUUGAUUUCUUUGUAUUGCAGCUUCUUGACUAGCAAGGUUGAAGAUUUUAUUUAGUUUCGGGCAGCACUCUUUCUAGGUAUUAAACCUGCGGCUUUUAAUUCACUGGCGAUAUAAUUAAAUUCAUGAAUCACGUCCAACCAUCAUACGACAAAAAGUCACAAAAACACAAAUAAGUAAAAGCUGAACGCUGCAUGUGGGAAGAAUCAUUUUGCGUUUCACGUUGCGUUCCACAGAGAUCGGUGGUGGGGCGAACUUCAAAGCGAGGCAUGAAUAAAUACCAGUUUCCUGCCGAGAAAAAGGCCAGAAAACAAAAAAAAAAACAAUAAAGGGCGGGAGAGGUAGCUAAGAUGGCGUUGAAAACGGAGCAAACUUUGUAAGGGACACUAUUAGCACUGCCCAACUUUGGACGCAAUUAUUAUGCUGGGGACCGUAGUGUACUAAUGUGCUCCAUUUGCGUUUUACCCCUCCCUCCUUAGGAGUCUCCACUACCAGUGGACCCCUCCAUGUUCCCCACGUGGCCUGCCAAGAGUGAGAUGAUGAAAAGGCCCAAAAAGAAGGAUGUGGAACACAGUCCCCAAGCCCCGGAGGGUGGGGCUAUGUUUGCAAAGCUGGUUUGUGAUAAACGCGAGCCCGCAACCGUUGAUGGUCUUUUCAUAAACGCGACGUGCUACUAUUACUAUACUGUUUACUAUGACGAUUUAAGGCAACAAUGUUUAAGAGUUCGAAACGUCGCGGCAACACUGUUGCAACGCUUUCCAUUGCCGUGUGACAAGGCCUGAAAAAGCAGGGAAUGUAAAUUCCAGAUUUUUCUCGUGUUCCCAAAGAAAUAUUUUAAGCGCUUGGUGCUUAGAAACACUGUUGUGGUCGCCGUGUUGCCAAGUUUUUUAAGAGAUACCCUGGAAAUGAGAUCCGCCCUUGAGACAUUUUGCUUACAAAUAAUUUGCUUUCCGGCCGCAAAUAGAAAGAAGGUCCUUUGGGAACACAGUUGAGUAAACAUUCUUAUUUCUACGACAAACAGCAAAAUCAAGCGGACAUUGUCCUGUUAAACUCUGUUUGGACCGUAACAAAAGUUUGAAAGAGAAGAAAGAAUAAGAAGAAGCGCUAACUGCAUAACCCAAAUAGUUUACAGCAGGGUGGCUAGCUGAGUGGUUAGAGCGCUGGACUUACAAUUCGGAGGCUCCGAGUUCACCUCCCGCCCUGACCGCUAACUGGAUUUGUUCACGGUAGUCCCGAGCUCAAAUUCUCGACCGCGCUUGUAAAUGGCCAGCUGAUUUGCCUCCGGCCAGUUAGGAUUCUUAACCCCGUUAUGUCUAGCACAAGUGCUGUAAAUGAUGCCAAGGGUAAAUAUUUAUUAAUUUAAGUUAAUUAUAUUUUGCAUCCUGUAUUCUUUUCUUCUCUUUGUUUACAGGCCGAUGAAGGGGACAGUGGAACUGACAGUCAAGGAUUCAGGCUUCAAACAUCCAAGAAAGGUUCUGCUGCAGUCGCCGGAUUCACUUUGAAGUUUUAA